AUGUCCGAAAUAAUCCAGCAACUCGGCCGACCAGUUGUUCAUCCUCGUUGGGGAUCACCCUCCUAUGCUAUACCUCCGGAUCCUUAUAAUGCCGCCAAUCCAUACGCUAUGUCUGGGGCGUUUAUUGAUCCAGCUGUUAGUGGUCUAUGACAAUGUGCCAUUAAUCCGAUUAUUAUGAGACGUAUGUGUGCACGUUCGUGUGGCAUAUGUCCAUUGGGAAACGUUCCCAGUUUAGGUAUAGCACCGGGUAUUGGAGCAGGACUCGGCUAUGGUGUAGGAAUGGGACUUGGUUAUGGCGAACUAGGAGUGAAUCCAUUACUCGGUAGAAGUAUCUAUGAACAAGUGAGUCAUCCGAUUACGAUAUCGAUCGAAAUGAAAGUCGAAUAUAUUUCGAAUUUCGAUUUUACCAAACAGACAUUUGACGUGAUAGUUGAAGUCGAACAAAGUAUUUUACAAUGGAUCGACAUCGAUGAACUACGACAUGACGUCGGCGUUGAACAAACGACAAGUGCAUUCUCUGACAUUCAAUUUGAUGUAAUUGACAGCCAUACGAUAGGAAUAGUUGACUAUGCUGUCAGUCGUAAAAAUCUGACUGGUAUGAGGAAGAAAGAAAAACUUACCGUUGCAUGCCAUUUCUCACACUACGUACCUUUCGAUAGGCAUAUCUGCGUAAUGGAAAUAAUCGCAAGGCUGGCAAUGGGACAGCGUUUGGCACCAAAUCUCGCAAUUGCGUUCAUGUCUAGAGCAGAAGCACCGUCGAUUUCCGACCCGCACUCUACUGUAGACAUAUAG